AUGGCAGAAGAGUCGUCGCGUGGCAGCCUGAAGCGCUCCUUUGUCGACGACGAUGAAACAAGCAAACCGCCGCCGGAGAAAAGGGUGAGGUUUCCAAAAGGUAAGAAAAUAAAAGGGGGAGAUUUUGUGAGAGAUGAAGGUGGUGAAGAUAUCCCUAAAUUUAAGGAUCCUAAAUCGGCAGCCAGUGAUCGGGCUGUUCGCCGCAGUAAGAAUACAACAGAACUUUUUAUUGAUGAAAACAAUGAUUUUGUACCUGACAUAAAAAGAGCAGAAGUCCAGUACAAGAACAAUGAACCUUUCGUUGAAGAAGGUGUUGCACUGGAACCAUUUAACCUGGACAAGGAGAGAGAAGAAGGCUACUUUGAUGAAAACGGGAAUUAUGUCGAAUACAUAAGCCAGAAUGACAUCAAGGACGCGUGGCUUGAUAGUGUUGAUGUUUAUGAAAAGUUUGAUGGAAAGAGCUCAAUUUCCACGAGUAAUGAUGAGCCACGCGAUCUUGUUACCGACGAGCUUGCAGAAAUCAACAGGCGGAUUGCUAAUGUUCUUGAGCCUGGGGAGACGGUUUUGCGAGCUUUGAGGAGGUUAAAGGGUUCUACUGAUAAGAAGCAAAAAAUGUCUGCUCAAACUAAACAGCAAUUUGAUCAGCUAACUGAAGAUGCCAUGAAAUUGAUGGAGAAUGGAGAUUACAAUGUGUACGAGGAAAAACGAGAACAUUUUGAGCGAGAAGCAGAGGGUUAUGAGAAAUUAGUGAAAGUGAGGAAGCAAGGUGUCUCAGGAAGUUCAGGUCAGGAGGAAUCAGAUGAUAUUUUUGACAUGUUUGGGGAUAAUGAUGGUAGCGCCCCUGAGAAUCCUGCCACUAAUGGGAGUGGAUCAGCCUCUGUUCUGCAACCUGAGAGUGGAGAACCACAAAAUGAUUAUGUGUACGAUGAGUCUUCCGGAUAUUACUACAGCAGCAGUUUGGGUUAUUACUAUGAUCCUUCUUCUGGGUUGUACUGUUACGCAGCUUCUGGGAAAUGGUAUGCUUAUAAUGAAGAAUCAGGGACAUAUGACGAGGUCCAACAAGACACCAAUGUAGCCGAGACAGAUUAG